AUGGGUUUAGACUGUGUCAAAAUAUAUGCAUAUCAUAAUGAUUGCGUAUUACAUUGGAAAGAGUAUGAAAACUUAAAAGAGUGCCUGAGGUGCGGGGAGUCACGCUACAAGAAUAAGGAUAAUGGUGUUGAAGAUGAUGAUGAUGUUACUAGAAAGAGUGUUUCUUCCAAAGUGAUGUGGUACCUAUCGAUAAUUCAAAGAUUCAAGAAACUGUUUGCUAAUUUAAUAACGCAAAAAGUACUAGAUGGCAUGCAGAUGACACACAUGUUAUUCGUCGUGAUCAUUGGAAGGGGAUAUAGGAAAACUAACAAGUAA